AGCUCGAAUCCUCUCUUUGAUCUCUUCUUCCCUGGCAUGGAUAAAAAAGCCUAAGACUCGUUCCAUGACUAAAGCUCGUCGUCCCCAUCGGUUUUAGGCCAUUAACGUUGCUUGCGAAGGUGUCACCGCCUUCGCAAAACCCCAUCCAACCCUUCCUUGUCCCUAUUCCAGGAGAGCUUUAACUACGCUCCGACACUUCACGCAGGUUUCCCACGACAGGCUUCCAACGACUUUUCCUUUACUGCCUUCACCCGCCAUUUAUGACCCCCUGAGACUGUCUAGCCCCUUCUACAUAACACCCUCCACGGGAAAACCUCGUUCGCCACUCCAACCUCUCUUCCCACGAGCGCCAGCCAUGGAAGGGAUCGAGCACAGGACCCUUUCCGUCAACGGCAUCACCAUGCACGUCGCGGAGAAGGGCCGCGGACCCGCCGUCCUCCUCCUCCACGGCUUCCCGGAGCUCUGGUACACGUGGCGCCGCCAGAUCCACGCGCUGGCCGCGCAGGGGUACCGGGCCGUGGCCCCGGACCUCCGCGGGUACGGCGACACCGAGGCCCCCGCCGAGGUGGAGCGCUACACGUGCCACCACGCGGUGGGGGACGUGGUGGCGCUGAUGGACGAGCUCGGGUUGGGGGAGGCGGCGCACGUGGUGGGGCACGACUGGGGGGCGCUCGUCGGGUGGUACCUCUGCAUGUUCAGGCCGGAGCGGGUGAGGUCGUACGUGUGCCUGACGGUGCCGUUCCGGCCGAGGAAUCCGGCGGCGAAGCCCGUCGAGUCCUUGCGGGCUCACUUCGGCGAUGACUACUACAUCUGCAGAUUCCAGGAACCUGGAGACAUUGAAUCCGACAUUGAACGCCUCGGCGUGAGGAACGUGCUCAGGAAGAUCCUCACGGAGCGCAAGCCCGGUCCGCCCAUGUGGCCUAAAGGACAAGACUUCAGCUGCCGUCCCGGCAAGCCGAUGGCUCUACCUUCUUGGCUCUCGGAGGAAGACCUUGAUUAUUACACCAGCAAGUUCGAGAAGCGGGGUUUCACUGGAGGCCUCAACUACUACCGCGCCCUGGAUCUGAACUGGGAGCUAACGGCGCCAUGGACCGACGCGCGAGUGAGAGUGCCGGUUAAGUUCGUAGUUGGGGACCUGGACAUUACGUACACGACUCCUGGAGUGAAGGAGUUCGUGCACGGCGGCGGGUUCAAGAAGCACGUGCCUCUCCUGGAAGACGUCGUGGUGAUAGAAGGCGCCAGCCACUUCAUCAACCAAGAGAGGCCGGAGGAAGUCAAUUCUCACAUCCACAACUUCAUCAAGAAGUUCUGAUCGAUGCCGUCUAGGCUGCCUUUCGGUUGUACUUCCGAAGCUUGCGACGAUUUUCGUUUUCCAUUUUGAAUCAUGACAGGGUCCCUUUCCGUCAGGUGUGAUGUAGUUUCUAGCGUUCAUUUCUUGCUGCUGCUGCUGCUUUUCUGUUGCAAUGCAAAAUUUAGACCUCGGGUUAGCUUGGAAGAUACCUAUCAAUGAUGAAACGAAAUGGCACUUUGGUUGGCCAGGCAAA